GGUAAACCAGGAGGAGGAGAGGCAGGAGGAUGCCAUCACGGACACAGGGGUUGGAAGAGGCUGAAAGGGAGUCUCGCGUCGGGGCAGGAUGAACGAGGGACGCGGGACGAGGAACAAGGGGGGUGGGGAGGGGAGAGGAAAAGGAGGGAUAGCAGAGAGGGUGCGGAUAUACCGCGCGCGGGGCAAACGGGCGGGCGAGCGGGAUAGGGAUGCUGCGAGAGAGCAGAGAGAGGUGUUUCAGUCGCGCGACGGCUCUCGCCCCGGCCAGUCGAUCGAGCUGUCGUUACGCCAAGCGCAACACGGUGGUCGUCGGUGAGUAGAUUGGAGCGUCGUUGCCCGCGAGGUGCGCGCGCGCGCGCGUUCGCUCUCGUCCGUGCCGCGCAAUUUUUCCCGCCGAUCGGACCGCGGCUGACGCCGUGAAAACGCGGCCGCACGCUUCCUCGCGAAACGCGAGAGCUCCCACGCACAUACCCCUCCCCGCCUCCGACGCUUCGGGCGCGGGACUUCCUCGUCGCGAGCAACCACCUGUGCCCGCCGUUCUCUCGCGAUCGCGCUCCCCCGCGACAGCGCCGCUAUGCCACGGGCGCGUACGCGCCGAGCCGAGAAGCCGGACGGCGGACGGCGUGUCGCGCGGCCCGCGCGGCCACUGUGACGGCGGAGAACGCGGCCUCCGCGUGAAAACCAUCCUCGUAUACGCGAAUCCGUCGACGGGAGUCAGCUCCGGAGUCAAGGUCAUUCCAAGAGAAUACCGAAGAAUCUCUUCUCUUCUCUCUCUCAUUUCUUGUCUCUUUCUCUCUCCUCCCUCCUCUUCCUCUUCCACCUCCGCCUGUAUUGCGAAGACUCAAGGGUGGAAGUUCGACAAGCAAGAUUCGCACCGAGAGCGCUGGCACUCAUCAACGCGGGAUCAUCGCGUAACGGCAGGAUUUUCCUCUGACGGAGAUUACGACGUUGGAAACUCUGCUGCUGCUCAUCGUGUAUCGACCGAAAUGGAAAACAUCCCCCACAUUCCGAAUGCAUCGUCGAACAACCGUAUCUCGCCCUCGUGCUCAGUGGGACUCAUCUAACGUCGUCCAGGCCGGAAGUCGUGCUCCAGGGAAUUUGACAUCGAGCAAGAAAGAUGUAAUUUAGUUUUUCGCCGUAUUACGACGGGGAUAACGUGACACGAGUACGGGACAUCGAAUUGACGUGACCGUUGACAUGCCGGCGAUGUCGGGAGCGUAAAACGGCGGCGUCUGUCCGCCCGCUCUGGAAGAUGCUGGUGGAUGACUGCGGAAGCGGGAUGGGGUGGACUACGGCUAGCGUGCGCGGCGGUUGGUCCACCCCGGCAGGAUGCAGAAAUUCAGCCAUGAGCUUCGGCGGCAGCGUGCCGUCCUUGCAUCCGACCGGUUCGAUAAGAUCGUUGCGCUCGCAACAUUCCAUGCAGGUUCCGCCCGAGACACCGCGAAGAUGCAUACAUUGUCAUCCGGUACAUGUCCCCAGCACCCCCAAUAAUUACAUGCAACAUCCUAUGCAGUACUAUACGCCGACUCAUUGUAUGGAGGGUCAAAAUGGCAUGUACACGCCGCACCGAAGUUCGUAUCAUGGCGACACUCGUCUGCGUUACAUGGACGCCGAUGAAACCAUGGGCGGUAAUAACUGGGUCCUGGGCGAUCUACGCAGUCUGCAUCGUUGCGUACCUGCAUUACGUCGUACAGGGAUAGACGUCACCGGUAUGCGGACGCAUUUCUAUCCGGAGGGUGGAUGGGGCUGGCUGGUCUGCGCCGCCGGUUUUCUCGCCCUGUUGCUCACCACCGGGAUGCAGCUUGCCUUCGGAUUACUCCAUCUUUACGCCGCACGACAUCUUGGUGAGAUCCAUUUGAUGGACAUAGUGUGGGCGGGAGCGUUGAGCGCCGCGAUCUCCCGUGGCUCAGCGCCGCUGGUCGUUGGCGCGUGUCGCCGCGGCAAUACCAGGCUUACGGCGGUGAUCGGUGGCCUCGUGCUGGCUUUGGCGUCGCUCUUCACCUCGUUCGCCGUCCAGAUGCAUCAAGUGCUCCUUAGCUACGGUCUGGUGCUGGGUACGGGGGCUGGCCUCGUGAGGGAAACCGCCAGUCUGGUAUUGGGCAAUUACUUCAGAAAACGACGGGAGUUCGUCGAGAUGGUGGUGCAGGCCGGCACCGGCGUGGGAAUAGUGCUCUUCAGCGUCGUCUACAAAGAAGCGGUCGGGAAGCUGGGCUGGCGGCUUGGACUUCAAUCGGUAACCGGAGCGCUCUCACUGGCCUUCUUCCUGGGGCUGAUUUACCGGAGUGCCUCGCUGUACCAUCCGCAGCGGCGAGCCAUUCUGCAUCUAAAGAAUCAGCGCAGCAAAGUCAAAGAGAAGAAAUCCGCGACCAAGGUACCGAGACAGCCGCUGGUCGACUUGAGUCCUCUGGGAUCACGUCCUGUGAGAAUGCUCAUGCUGGCCGCCGGUGCUGCCGGUUUCGGUCUUUAUACUCCCGCUUUCUAUAUUGCUUUGCAGGGCUACCAGGAUGGAUUGGAGGCCAGCGCCCUGGUACUGUUACAGACCUUUUUGGGUCUGGCGGCGGCACUCGGAUGCGCGGCUUUGGGGGUGGUUAUCGUCAGACCUUCCGCUCAGUGCCUAGUGUCCAGGCAAUAUCUCUGUCAAGCGGCACUCAUUGGGGUUGCCGUAGCUCAAGUGGCGCUUGGUAGCGUGCAAGGUUAUCACGGACUUGUGCUGGCCUCCGCACUUUACGGCGCCUCGCUCGGCGGCACCCUUUACUCCCUGAAGAUGCUGGCUCUGGAGAGGCUGCGAGCGAGACACUUUGCUAGAUCGUGGGCUUUGGUGCAAGCCGCGGAAGCUCUGCCCAUCCUUCUCGGAGUUCCUCUCACAGGUUACAUGAACGCGAGCAGCCCGCGGGUGGGUUACUACGCGUGCACGCUGAGUUCCUUGUGCGGCGCGGCGCUCCUCUUCCUGGUCGGCUGGGGACGGCAGCCGGCGUCGCCGAUCUUGCCGGGGCCACGUCUCUCUAGUCUCGGCAUCGUGCCGCCGCCGCCGCCUUGCGCGUGCCCGCCGCCGCCGCGACCUCGGCUGCCCAAGUCGCAGUCCCUGCAUGUGCCGCUGGACGUCGAGGACAUGCGCGACCGCGACUUCGUCGAGCGGGUGCACGACCACCACCCGAUCGUCGAUCACUACUGCCAUCCGCAGUUCCACACGCCGUUGAGGCCCAGCAAGAGCGUGCCGGAGGGCCUCGGCCAUCAGGAUCCGUACCGGAGCAGGCCGCGACGUCACCGCGACAUCACCGUCAUAGAGCAGAUUACCACCAGCGUGUAAGACGGAGGGAUGUUUCACCCCCGGCUCUGUUGGCGCGUCACUAUAAGCUAAUGGGAACCAAAGAGUUUAGCAAUGCUCCUUUUAUUUUACAAUUUUUAAUUUCACACACAUAAUAUUGCAGCGACAUGCAGGAAGAAAUGCCGCGCUAUCGCGUUUCAUCGCGACGCGAUCUGCAUGAACAAGUUAUAUUGAUUUCUUGUGACUUGUACCGCGAAAGACCGGUUUAGGAAGCUUCUAUAAAAGCUUUUAUCUUCUUGUCUUUCUCGUAGCUUCGAAAGUCGCGUUGGGAAAGAGCGGAGUAUCGCGUUUCUUUUUUAUAAUUUGCUAUCGCUAUUAGGUUUUGUUAUUACAUGCUAUCCGCUUGUCUCCCUUCUUACCUCUUUUAUUUUUCACGUUUGUGUGCCGCGUGAGUAUAAUUUACUGGAAAAUUUAGGGUGGCUCUUGAAGAUUGGGGGACCAUUAGCGUAAAAGCCGGCGCGCAGUUGCAAGCAUAAACGGAAAGUAAAAUAGUGGAGCCAUGAAAAAGGAAAUAAUUGUGCGCGUCGCACGCGCGCAAGAUAGCUACUCGUGCGAUCGUAAAUCAAGAAGGAAUGACUGUUAAGCUUUUUAGAAACAUCCCCCACUUCCUUUUUUAUUUCUAGUAAACUGCUAAGCGAUCGACUAUUGAAUUGAAUUAGCGUAAAGUCUGUAUCGGAUAGAUGAAAUUUAAAUAUAUUACGCGCGUAUUAGGAAAAUAUUUAUUCGUGUUGAUGCGCUUGUUUGAAGUGUAUCGCCGUCGGAGAAACGACUGUCCGCUGACUAAACGCACAUUCAACGACAAAGUUGCAAUGGAAAAGCGCCGAAGCGAUGUCGAAUGAAAAGCUUCUUUUUUUUCGAAUUUUUAUGAAAGGUAUAAUUUUUACUUACCUGAUGAUAAGUAUGCUGGAACAUCUACAUAAUUAUUGUAAUGGAUAAAUUAAAGUAAUGGAUAUAAGGAAAGGAUAGAAUGAUUAAUUAACCAACUGGGUAUAGAUGGAUGAGUGUAAUUACGUUACAAUAUAAAUUAAAUUCCUUACUUAAUUGAACGCUCAAACUAGUUGCUAAAAUGUUAAAACAUUUUGCAGCACUAUCUUCAUAGUUGAGCGUUCUAUGUAAUUUUCAAAUUUGUAUCUAGCUAAAUUUUUAGAUACUUCAACAAAACCGUUCUUUCCGUGUACUCUAAAAUCGCGAAUGAUUAUUAUAGCAACGUGGUCGAAUGAUACGUAUCAAUUUAUAUAUUUUAUACAACAUUUUAUGCACGAAUAAAUAUAACUAAAAUUGCAAUCUAUGUAAACGUAUUGGAAUAAAACAUUCGGAUACUAUAAUGUUAUUCGAAAUAAUUGUUGUCUGCUUAGUCAAAUUUAAGCGUUCAAAUUUCGAAUAAUAAUUUCGAUAAUUUGAAUAUUAUUAUUCCAAUAUUAAAAUCCGGUUUACAUUUGUAUGGAAAGAAUAUAAUUUUACUAUAUCUAAAAAAUUUAGCUUGAUAUAGAUUUGAGAAAUAAUUUUAUGUUGGACCGUCAAAAUAAUUAUGUAAAUGUUCAAUCAUAAUAAUAUUGCUGCAAAAAGUUUUGGAUUUUAGCAACCAGCUUAAACGUCCGAUAUAAAUUUUUUUAUAAUUCCACGUAAUAAUUUUUAAAUCUGUAUUCCAGCAAAUUCGUUUUUCUCUAUAAUUCUAAAGUCUAAUAUUUAUUUUGGAUAAAAUAAAUUAUUACAGAAUUUUUUUAAGUAAUCUUAAAAUAUAUACUAAAAUUAAUUGUAAUGAUUAAAACAUUAUUUUAUGCAUUUAUUAACACAAUUUUUAUACAUUUAUAAAUGUACCUUUUCGUUCGACUCUUCAUACCCGAGUCAUAUAAAUCUCGCGAAGCACGGCGAAUAGUUUUGAAUGCAUCUUCAAAUGGGGUUCACCACUUUGGCCUUCGAGCAUCCUCGUUAUUUGCAUUUCGAACGUGGCAAAUUGACGAAUCGAGUUUAGUCCAAAUUCGCGACAGUUAUCCUUUUCCAUUUCGGCGUUGACUGUCCGAUUAGUCGACUACUAGUCGUGCAAAUAUUUCAAAUCAAUAUCUUCCUCGUCGUAUAGAGAGUUUCGAAGCUACAUUUAUAUGUAUAUGUAUAUAUGCACACGCGUGUAAAGUGUAAGUAAUUGAAAGCAGACGCGUCGUUUCUCUACAGACGGGCAUAAACGUAUAGCGCACGGAGCUGGUCUCCGGAAACGUUCCGCCGCAGGUAUCGUUAAAUAUAAUAUUAAUAAAUAUAAAACAUCGCGCGCGAACGAUUCGAGCGAAUGAAAACGGUCUCGAGGUCGAAGAAAUCGCGUACGAAAGAAUCUGCGAUGCAAAUAGAUAAAUUAGGACGAAUCGACGGAUCAUCGCGAAGUUGUGCAGAUUUCUCACUUUUGUUCAAUUGGGAUUUUGCGAUUCUACAAUUCUUUCACAUAUAGAUUCCUGUUUAGGAACCUAUACGCAUACACCUUUAUUCAGGAUUAUAAGAUACGUUAAAUUACCCUUGCUCCUUUUAUUAUUUUAUUUAUCCACAAUUCGCUGUAAGAAACAUUUAUGGCGUUUUAUCGCACUGACUCGUAUUAGCUGUGCAAUCACGAAUGUCGGCUCUAUUCCUAUCAGCAUGUAAGACUAAUUAUAAUUCCGAGUCACUUUACGAUAAUAUAAUUAGUACCUGAAUAUUAAGUGCUCUAGGUAUUUAAUCUGAGGGAUGAUGUUAGACGACAACUUAAUUAUAUUCCUACUUUCUCGUAUGACGUACUUUGCUAUAUGUCGAAAUUAAUCCUUACGCACGAUACGAGCCAUGCAUCGUGUUGUCACCUCGCCGCAGUUGAUUUUGAUCGAUGAAAAACGUAGAAAGUAUCGCAAAGGUGUUUGCCGACUGUAAGAAAGUAGCAUAGCAAUGUAGAUUACAUAGAAAUCGUAGUUGAAUUUGUCAUAGUUUGAGCGUGUUAUUACGUAUAAGGAAGUCUACAGAGAAUAGAGUUUCCUACAUAUAUAAUGAAAUCCAAUUAAAUUAAUACGCACCGUCGUAUUGAUUCAAUCUCUGGAAAGUGGAACAAUCUCCGAUUCACGAAACGAACGAUUUUCAAUUCAUGUGACGUCUCGUUUGGGUAAUAUCAGAGUCAAUCAGAGGGUAUCCUCUUCAGCUUAUACGUUUCCUUUUUCCCUCUUUUCACGCAUUUCGAUUUUCGGCCCAUAUGCGGGUCACGAUUUUUACUUCCGAGUUGACUAAGUGAUAUAAAUUAGAAAGUUAAAGCUGUUAGAGCAGGAGCGCACAAUAUACGGGGCCAAAGUUAGGUUCCCCAGACGUAACUUAUAUAGUUUAACGAUUGGUUAAGGUACCUGAGCCGAAUAAGGCCCAGCACUAAAUAGGCCCACUUUUGAAUUUACUACUUGAAAACGUGCUUUGCAUCCAGAGUAAAUCUUUAAAAGAUGUAUCAGGAAGUAAAUUGAGAGGGAUUGAGGAUUAGAACUGGCAGCGACACGUUUGUUUGAUGCAACGUGACGAAAUGAGUGUAUGCAUUUUUAAAAAAUUUUUAUAAAACUUAUACACGUAUGCAUACCAUUUUUAUAAAAAUUCGCUGCAAAGUUUAUCAAAUAUAUAUUAUUUUAUGGUUUAUUACAUAAUAUGUUGUAAUUUUAUUCAACCUAAUUGUAGAAAAUAACACAUGUAUACAUGGAUUUUUUAAAUAUAUUUUUAAAUAUAUUUUUUUUAAUAAAUAAGAUAAGGCUCUGAGAAUAAUAAUUAAAUUUACAUAGAUAACCUGUUCGAGCUAAUAUUAUUAGUUUGGUGUGAAUUAUUAAGUAUGUAUUAUACUAAUUAAUAUAUAUACAUAUAUUAUUUGAAUGUGCAAAAGUUUCAACCCAAAUUUGGAUCUGACUCAGUGCAUAUUUUGGUGAAAUUCUUUAGAUCUUUAUUCCAUUUCCAUUAAAAUGUGUGUUAAAUCCUUAAAUGUCAUCACUAUAAUUUAUAAUGUGAGUAAAUAAUCACAUGUACACAGAUAUAAUUGGCCUCAUGUUGAUAAUUUGCGAGACAAUGAUACAUUUUUUUAGAAAAACAACGUACUAAUUAAAUAAGUCUACUUGUAUAACUAUUGUUAUGCCACUGUUGUUUGUUAUGUGUGAAACUUGCAUCACGGAAUGAUUUUCGAUGUUGCUAACUUUUGGGAAGCUAAAAAUGCAUAUAAGUGCUCCAAAUAGCUGAAGAGAAAAAAUUUCUAAAGAUUAUAAAAUUACUUAAAUUUCAUUUUUAAUUAAUAAUAAUUUUAAAACUGUUUUUAAAAAUAAUAUUUAGUUUCUUUGUUUCGAUUUAUUUUUCAUUCGAGCCUUAUUACAUUUCAUAAACAUAAUAAGGCCCAAUGUCAGUUUAAAAAACUUUUUUGUUUAUUUAUAAGCAUUUUAUAUGGAAAAUGUAUUUUAUUUUUAUAAGUGAUUGAAAUAAAGAUUUUAUUCUCACUAAGUUUAUUUUAAUAUCUCUAUAAAUAGAAGUUUUAAUAAAAUAAAUUAAGGGUCUUUUUUGGCUCAGGUAUUUUAAAUGAGAAGCUAAAUCUUCAUCAUUUUUCACAUUUAAAUAACUGUACAUCCGUAUUUGCUCUAUUACUUGUAAAAUUGUAUUACAUUACCAUGUCGUUAUCCAUAAAAAUAACACAAAAGAUAUUUCACGAUGUGGGCUCUUUAUAUAGACGUCCCACUGAUAGAAUUUAAAACGUAUGUUCCCUGCGUUAGAGUAAAACUGUUUUUACUACAUGUAAUUAUCGACGCGUGUCAGGCGGCGAAUUUGUUAGAUCGUAAAAGUUGUAGUCUAUAAUGUUACAGAGUAUCUCUUAGUCGCGUUGAACAAAGUAUCCGAUUUCUUUGAAUCAAUAUAUAUAUAUAUAUAUAUAUAUAUAAGUAUCAACGUAAAACGUUACCAAUCUUAACGGUCGUUAUGAGAUCUUUUUUAAUAUAAAAAAAAAAUAUAUAUACACAUUAACUUUUGAUGUGAUGAAUUGUUUGUAUACUGCCAAUUUUUAUAGGAUAUAAUCGAGUUUCGAUUUUCGAUGGUUGAGCGCACGCAAAAGUGAAAUCACAUGUGGUAAUUUUACGAAUUCGCCGACGAGAAUCGAACAUCUUCGUGUUUUAUCGGGACACAUUUGUAAAUGAUUAUGACAUUUUUUCGUAAAUUAGUCUCUCGCAAUCAUUAGAUCGGGAUUGUUAACGAAUUUACACAGUAAACAAAUAACUCACUUUGGACUGUAAACUGUUUGGUGGGGAUCGUGUCGCAAUUACUAUAUGUCCCCAUAUUAUAGUAUUUCAUUAGACUCAAAAGAUUUACGAAUUAUUUACAGUCCUUGUACCAAUUUUAUUGUUUAGUAAUAUAUUUAAUAUUGCAGCUUAUCUCUACCUCGGUUAUAAAAUAUAUGUUUUAUCAAUAAAUUUUAUAAAAGCAAAAAAUAUUAAAAGAGAAUAUUAAAUGAUUUAGAAACUUUUCGUUUCUUUUUUUACAUGUAUAAGUACAUAUAAAUAUUUUAUAUGUGUUUUUAUUUAAUGGGAUGUAAAGAAUUAAAAGGAUACAAAAGGGUAAAUUUUAAAAUUAUGCAUUUUCAUGAAUUUAUUACUGUCAAAAUUAAUGAAACUAUUACGGCAAUGCUGGUAGUAAUAAAUUCACAAAUUUGACACUAUUAAUAAUUACUUUUACGUCUCUAUAUCAUGAUAUACUUUGUAUGAUACAUUUUGCUCGUGUAAUAUAUUAUAUACAAAACGUAUGUGCUUUUCACAUUAUUAAAUCUAUUAUUAAGUCUAUUAUUAAAAUCUAGUAAUAGAUAAUUUAUAUACUAUUUUAUUCAUAAAUUACCGUUUAUAUUAGAUUAUAAUUUUCAGGACAAUCUUUCAGAAUUAAUCGUGUGUGUCUGUGGGAUAAGUGCACGAAAGAUUAUAUGUGCCUCACGAUGAUUUUGUAUGGUAUUUAAAAUUUUUUUAAAUUUUAUAUCUCCAAAUUGUGUUGAAAAAGAUUUGUAGCGGGUUUUUCUAGCUAGAUCAAAAUCCGAGCUUGACGGUAUUUGCACAAUCACGUUGCGUUUACGAUGAAAAUAUCUUAACCCGAAAUAUCACGAAAUUGUAAUGGAUGUUCUCUUGAGGAACCUGCGGUAGGUAAUCACGUUAAUCACGUAACAGCUUUGUCGUUAAUCGAUUCUUAGAAAUCGCGUAACUCCGUUGCCUUGUAAAUAUACCUAAGCAAGGUUCCCUUAUUGCAACACGUUGAGCAUUUUGUAAAGUUUUAUAAAUAGUUCUACGUAGUUAAACCUGCUGGACCAAUAAAGUAUAUAUCCGAUUAUACGUUACUUCUAUACAUAUAUUCUUAUCAUCCUUUUCAGUCAUAAUAUCUGAUUGUCUCAUCUAAAUCCACAAUUAUCACAGAUCAAAUGUAGUGAUCAUUAACAGUUUAAAACACGAGUUCUUUUUUUACAUAUAUGUAAUAAUAGUAUAUUUAAUUUUUAGUAUAGUGUGUAGACUAUUAGUGAUAUAUUUCAAUCACUACUUUUGACACUUAUUUCUAUGUACGCUUCUUCAUAUUAAAUUAUAUAUUUAAUGUAGUUUACUAAAGAUGUUUUUUGUUCGUUACACGAAUAAGUUAUCGCAAUACAAGUCAAUACGAAUGAACAAAAAAAUACAAGGUGUAAUUUAAAUAAUUCCAUUAUUUAUUUAAAUUAUAUUUGCUCCAUCACAAGAAUUAUACUAUGCGAUACUUGAUAUUAUCGCAAUAAGAAUACUUCCCUCCUUCCAAAAACGGUACAUGAUAACAUGAUAUAUAUAAUGAAAAACUUAGUACGAGUAAAACGGUUGAGACUAUACAUACAGGAAUAAUGCGUGAGAUCCUUUUUAGUAACUAAUAAUCACCAGUUUCUUUAUGCUAUAAUACAAUAGGAAUAUACUGCCCAGAAUUUGCGAGUUAAUGAAGUUGACAAUAGAGCUUGAAUUUGUUCUGCCUCUGUCAUAUCACAACAGGAAAUUCGGCUCUGAGUACAGUGCUGACGAAUAGAAUUCUGCUGUUUUAUUCCGUAUACGUAUUCGUUGUAUUUUAGAUGAAAAAAAGACAGUACAAUGCAAAGUAAUGUUAUCACAUCGACUAUUGAUCCUAAAGAAAUCACGGCAACUAAAAGCUAAUAUGGUUUUCACGCUUGACACGUUACAGUUUGCAGGCACAUAUUUUCAUAGUACCGGUUACAAUCGUGGUGACCAACGAAUUUUUCACAUAAAAAAUUUAUAGACGCUCAAAAACGGACAGAUAUCUGCGAUUUCUGUAUCUAAUUGCGAGUGGACCCUUGUUUUGGGGUUGUACUUGUUGCUACGUAACAAUAUUAAUCCGAUUUCCUUAAUGUUCUUGCGUAACAAUGUAAUAUCUUAAAAUUUGCUCGUUAUUAUGUUUACAUUUAAGUACACAUUCACAAGUGUGUGGCUCCACGAUGAACUUCCGUUCCUUGUCGCCGAUUAAUAAAUUUACAAUAAAGUAACACGCUCAUCUCUCGCAAAUUUCUAUCACUGCGAGAAGAGUAUGUUUCCGGUCACGAGACCGUGUAAGUUUUGCGUAGAACUUUCGCCGCCCUUCAACACU